UCUUAACCAUCAUGGUUAGUGGUGCGCAGUUAAACAGAAUUUUAUCCGAAUGUGGGUACGGCUCAGUCGGGAGUGAUGUGUCAUCGGAAGUCGUUGACCAAAUCAACAAUUCCGUUAGUAGCGACAAUGAGUCGGCGAUGUUCAUCGCUCAUCUGAUUCAUGAGAGUGGAGGAUUUCAGUACCGGGAGGAAGUCAAUGGGGCAGCUCAAGAAUACGAUCCGUACUAUGGCCGAGGAUACAUUCAGCUAACCUGGCGGUAUAACUAUGAGGCGGCGUCGAGGGACCUUUUCGGAAACGAUAAGCUAGUGGAAAACCCGAAUUUGGUGUCAAGUAGCGUGGAAAUGAGUAUGCUUGUAUCGGUUUGGUUCUGGGAGAAGAGAGUACGGCCACAAGCUGCAGCCUUUAGAAAUUUCUAUCUAACAACUAAAGCCAUAAACGGUGGAAUAGAAACGAAUUCCAGCCAUCCAUCUGCAAAAAAACGGUAUGGCUACUACCGUAAAGCUGCUAGCGUUUUGGGUGUAACCGACCUAGCAAUCGAGGGAUAAUCUACCUUGUAUGCGCAUCAGAUAUUGGAAAUAGGGGAACUGCUCCAUUAUUCAUCUCAUUAAGCCGAUAUUCAUGAAGAAUGCACGGAUUAAACACCAAAUUUUCACGAAAUCCAUGGAUUAGCAGAUUGGUUCAAGAAGAAAAAUGCUUUUUUUCCUGUUUCAAAUUAUGUUUACUUGUUGAAUGAGAUGGAUAUACGGGCUGAGAUGAAUAAUGGAGCAGUUCCCCUAUUUCCAAUAUCUGAUGAUCAUGAAUAAAGCGUGCUAUUGAGAAA